GUUCUAAUUGUAUGUAAACGUAAGUUUCUAGGGACCCACGGACAAAAUCUUUACUGAUAAGUUUCAAAUAAAAAAAAUAUAAAAUAUAAAUGGUUAUUUAAAGAAAAAAACAGUAGCUUUUUUGUAAAGUAUGCAGAAAAGAAAGAGUUCGUCCCUGAAAAAAAUGUCUCAGAAAGGGUUUAAUGAAAGCUCUGAGGGUCCCUAUUUCAAGUUGGUGCAGGACGGAUAUGAGGGAGAAUAAAUAAAAUUGUAGAUGAGAUUUAAUCAGUAUUUCUCCGACAUGAGAGCUUGGUGUUGUAUCCUUCUCGUGCUUGGUGUUGAGGCUAGGGACGGAGGAGUCCUUACUCGGAACAUUGAUGGAUUAUUUGGAGGAUUCCGAGAGAAAACCUUCUCCAGGUUCUCUAGAAAAGACAGAAACAGUCGGUUCUCCUCCAAACCUCUGGGGGAGAAUUUUGGGUUUACAAGAAACGACCGGGGUGGCAGAGACUCGUCCGACGAACCGCGUUCUGGACGAUUCCUGAAUAUCUUUAAUAUCAUCAAGUUUGCCAACACUGGGUGCGGAACCGGAAACAGUUCUUCUCCGAACGGAACCUGUUAUACCUCCUGGGAGUGUUCUGCUAGAGGAGGAGAAGAACAGGGUUCUUGUGCUUCAGGGUUUGGAAGAUGUUGCGUUUUUACAAAUUCUGAAUUAAGAUCUACCGUUGACGAACCAGUCUCUUACUUCCGGAAUCCAGGAUUUCCCGCCAAUUCUUCACCAGAAGCUAAUACAAGAACACUAACAGUACAAGUAACUGAUACCAACGUUUGUCAGGUUCGGAUAGAUUUUGACAAAUUUGUGAACAGUCCUCAGAACAGGGUUGGAGUAUGCGAGGAACAGUAUCUUACAAUACAGGGAGUUGAGAACAUAUUCUGUGGGAAUAAUACUGGACAGCACGUGUACGUACAUGUUGAUUCCUAUCCAGCCUCAAUAGAUCUAGAGUUUACCUCCACCUCCGCCAUGGCGGCCUCAACCUUCCUCUUCAGCCUCCGGGUUACACAGAUAGACUGCUAUUCUAAGGAUGAGUCGAUGAGACAGUUACAAGCUCCUAAAGGAUGUCUCCAGUAUUUUACUGAACCAGCAGGAACUAUCCAAUCCUUCAACUAUGACGGGAUGAAUGCGUAUUCUCCGAACCAGGAUUAUACGAUCUGUGUGAAAAAAGAGACGAAGGAUUGUGGGAUAAAAUACAUGAACCCGGAGUAUAAUUCAACAUUAAAGAUGAAGAGGUCCGUGGGAAAAGAGAAGGUUCAGGUUGCAUGUAGCUCCGGAGCAGGUUCAGGAACAGGUUCAGGAACAGGAACUGGAACUGGAACUACAGCAUCUGGUUGCGGAGAUACAUGCCUUGACCCAACCAAUGGAGAUUGGAUUGCGAUACCAAUGGGUCAACUUGAGAGUUCAGAUACAUCCGUACCUUCUUCCUACCGAAGCUUCUAUUGUGGGCAGGGACUAGGAGUAGAUACGAACUCAACCCAACCCGGAGUUAAUGGAAAGGGGGUCAGAGAUUUCUCCGGGGGCCCGUUCCAACUGUGGUUCCACGCGGACGGUAAAACACCACUCACGGAUACGACGGUCGCGGAUGAUACAGGGUUUUUGAUCAGCUACGCAGUGCAGGCGGGAAAAUGUCUAUAAUAAAUGUUUUAAAAGAAUUUCAUGACAGGAGCCGGAGAGAAGAUAGGGUUGUCAUUUUCUAACUUGUUAAUUUUAAAGAAAGAUAUUUACUUACCCUGAAAUAUAUUCUAUAUAUCAUGUUAAUAUAUUGUUUCUGUCUAAAACAAUUUGAAUGUAAUAAAUAUAUAUAUUACUAUCUUUUA